AUGGAAAGUGACUCAAGUAAUUGUGAAAGUGUACAAGUGAUAUCUUCUACAAAAAAGAGACCAAAACAUGGACGAUUAACAGAUGUGAAUAAAAAAUUGAAAGUACAAAGCCAUGAAAUUGGUAAAGAAUGCGAUUGUAAACGUUUACAGUGCUCCAAAAAGAUUCCUGCGGAGGGUAAGCGAGAUAUUAUAAAGAAUUUUAAUCUUUUAGAGUCUACUGAUAAGCAAAACUCCUAUUUAUGUGGACUCAUUAGUAUUGUCCCAGUCAAAAAUAGACGAUCUCGGGUAGAUGAAGAAAAUGCUCGUUUAAGAGAUGUUGUAGCUCUGUAUAAGAUUAGGUAUUUACAUGAAAAUAAGCUUAAUGAAUUAGAAAUUUGUCGAGAUGAGUUUAUAGCAUUACACGGCAUUACAAAACGUCGAAUUGAGUAUUUACUCACAUCUUUAAAAAAUACUGGCAUUUCUCCAAUUGAUAAAAGAGGAAAACACUCAAAAAGGCCAUUAAAACUGUCUGAUGUUACUCUUACUUUCCCAAUUAGAGGCCAUUCUUAUAUGGAAAAUGAUAAGAAUAUGGGAAUCAUCAAUCAGAAAGCCAGAGUUAAAACAGUGAAGGAAUUAUGUGACCUCGUCCAAUCUUCCAGAAAAAAACCUUCGCCCUUUGUAGUGGAACAUCUUUCAGAAGACAAUCAACACAUUUUUCAACAGUGGACCGAACAUUUGAAUAAAUUCUACAAGAAAAAAGCUAGCUUUCCAAUUCAGUCAAUAAGGCAGUUCGAAGUUUCAAAAGAACACCCUAGGUUGAUCAAGUACAGAGACACAUAUAAUGGGACAUGGAUCUCUGCAGUUGUGAUGGAUAGAAAAUCUGUGGUCCUCAAAAACUUGGAGACAAACAACCAGUUUCUUCUUCCCGAAAUAUCUUACACAGGUCCAAUACCAAUUUCGGCGGAAAAAUUUGCCAAUUUACAGAGUUUGAAGAAGUUCUGUGGAAAGGAAGCUCAAGAUUAUUUUACCUCACUGGUGCAUAAUUAA